CAUUCAGUUCGACCGCGAGAUCAUUCAGAAUCAUUGUCAAGUGCAAUCUGCAGCAGCAACAGCAGCAACAGCAGCAACAACAGCAGCAGCAACAGGAUCAGGAACAGCAGCAACAUCAGCAAUUGACCGCCAGCAAUCACCAAGUCUUUUACAGUAUUAAGAUCAGUUGCGAGCAGCAACAAUAGCAGCAGCAACAGGAUCAGGAACAGCAGCAACAUCAGCAAUUGCCCACCAGCAAUCGGCAGCAAUUAAGUCACAGCAGUAGCCAAAUCUUUUACAGUAUAAACAUCAGUCGAGAGCCAACAAAAUGCUGGCCAGCGAGACUUUUCCCACACAUCACUUUAAGGAAUCUAUAUUUAAGCCUUACAGUACGAGUACGAGUACGAGUACGGGUAGUGGCGAUGAUUUGGCAAGCCCAUUGACAGCGGCAACAUCAGCGGCCACUUCGGUGGUGGCCACGUCGUCAUCGGCUGAUACCGCCUCCGCAGUUGCAUUCGAGACGGCCAGCAAAAUGUUGACCACCGCCAAUGGGAGCAGCAAUAACAAUAUCGACACGGAUGCGAAGAAUGACAACCUGUCCAGCUUUGUGGCCAGUCAUCCGGCUGCCCACUUUGAGGGCUUCAUCCGGGCCUGCGUGGACGAGAUCAUCAAGUUGGCCGUCUUCCAGGGCACCAAUCGCUCCUCCAAGGUCGUCGAGUGGCACGAGCCGGAGGAGCUGCGUCAGCUGUUCGACUUUCAGCUGCGUGAGAAGGGUGAGUCGCAGGACAAGCUGCGCGAGUUGCUGAGAGAAACGAUUCGGUUCUCGGUCAAGACGGGCCAUCCGUACUUCAUCAACCAGCUGUACUCGGGCGUGGAUCCGUAUGCCCUGGUGGGCCAGUGGCUCACCGAUGCCCUCAAUCCCAGUGUGUACACCUACGAAGUGGCGCCGCUGUUCACCCUCAUGGAGGAGCAGGUGCUGGCCGAGAUGCGACGCAUCGUGGGCUUUCCCAACGGCGGCCAGGGCGAUGGCAUCUUCUGUCCCGGCGGCUCGAUAGCCAACGGUUAUGCAAUCAGCUGCGCCCGCUACAGACACUCGCCCGAUUCCAAGAAAAACGGACUCUUCAACGCGAAACCCUUGAUCAUCUUCACCUCGGAGGAUGCCCACUACUCGGUGGAGAAGCUGGCCAUGUUCAUGGGCUUCGGCAGCGAGCAUGUGCGCAAGAUAGCCACCAACGAGGUGGGCAAGAUGCGUCUCAGUGACCUGGAGGAUCAGGUGAAGCUGUGCCUGGCCAACAACUGCCAGCCGCUGAUGGUGUCGGCCACAGCCGGAACCACUGUGCUGGGGGCCUUCGACGAUCUGGCUGGGAUCUCGGAGCUGUGCAAGAAGUACAACAUGUGGAUGCACGUGGAUGCGGCCUGGGGUGGUGGUGCCCUCAUGUCCAAGAAGUAUCGACAUCUGCUUAGCGGAAUUGAAAGGGCUGAUUCGGUGACCUGGAAUCCUCACAAGCUGCUGGCUGCCUCGCAGCAGUGCUCCACCUUCCUGACGCGCCACCAGCAGGUGCUGGCCCAGUGCCACUCCACCAAUGCCACCUACCUCUUCCAGAAGGACAAGUUCUAUGACACCUCCUUCGACACCGGCGACAAGCACAUCCAGUGCGGUCGUCGUGCGGAUGUCUUCAAGUUCUGGUUCAUGUGGAAGGCCAAGGGCACCCAGGGCCUGGAGGCCCAUGUCGAGAAGGUCUUCCGCAUGGCCGAGUUCUUUGCCGGCAAGGUUAGGGAGCGACCGGGAUUCGAGCUGGUCCUCGAGAGCCCCGAGUGCACCAACAUCAGCUUCUGGUAUGUGCCACCUGGUCUCCGGCAAAUGGAGCGCAAUCGGGAGUUCUACGACCGGCUGCACAAGGUGGCUCCCAAGGUGAAGGAGGGCAUGAUCAAGAAGGGCUCCAUGAUGAUCACCUAUCAGCCGCUGCGACAGCUGCCCAACUUCUUUCGCCUGGUGCUGCAGAACUCCUGUCUGGAGGAGUCCGACAUGGUCUACUUCCUGGACGAGAUCGAGUCGCUGGCCCAGAAUUUGUAAAUGGACAAAAAUGGAUGUGGAUAUGGAAGCGAAAGCAUGUUAUGAGGUUAAGUGUUGACAACAUUCUCUUUAGGCCCAGGCCGUUUGUAUCUUCUAGUGUAUCGUUUACUCCCCACGUUUGUAUAUUCUCUCGGAUGUUAAGUAUUACCUAAAAACAAAGAACAAAAAUACAUAUUUAUAGGUCAUUUGAUUUAGAUUAAA